AUGUCGACUGUCAUCUUGGGCGGAGGCAUUAUCGGGGUCUCGACCGCCUAUUACCUCGCGCAGCAGAAGAAUACAUCCUCAUCUCCCCAAUCCAUCCAUAUCAUUGAAUCUUCACCAGCGCUGUUCGAAUCCGCCAGUGGAUAUGCUGGAGGCUUCCUCGCCCUCGAUUGGUUCGUCCCGGAAGUGUCAGACCUCGGGGCGCUCUCUUACAGGCUGCACCGUGAGUUGGCCGAGAAGCACAACGGUCCCAGGAGAUGGGGAUAUAGUGGGAGCCAUGUCUACAGCCUCACUCUGGAGGAGACGGGCGUCGAUGGGAAACGCAAGAAGACCAGAGGCGAAGACUGGUUAAUCGAGGGCACAAGCCGGGCCGGACUGGUGGGGGUCAAUUCCGAAGCGACCAGACCCCGUCAUGUUCCGGGCGCGGGCACUCUCAUGAAUGCCGAUGGCACCCCGGCUGUCUUCGCGCCACAUGUGGGAGGAACCCUGGAGACGAUUGCCGGCGCGGAAGAAUGUGCGCAGGUCGAACCGAGAGAGUUGUGCCAGUUCUUGCUGGAUGAGUGCAAAAAGAUGGGCGUCCAGGUGCACCUGUCUACAAGAGCUUCAGCCGUGUUGACCGACGAGAAGGGUGUCUUGACCGGACUGAAGUUACAAUCGACCAACCCAGAGACCCCGUCGGUGAGGGAAAUCGAUUGCAAAAACGUCGUGAUAGCGGCCGGGGUGUGGACGCCGAGAGUGUUCAAGACAUUGUUCCCGGAGAGUGGCUUGAGUGUCCCCGUCCAAGCCCUGGCUGGACACAGCAUCACCGUGAGGUCGCCUCGGUACACAAAACCGUUCAUUGACCCUCUCAAACGGAAACUCGGCGGCGGAGACGACAACUGGCUAUGCUACUCCAUCUACUGCCCUCCUGGUCCGCAUUUCUCGUACGCCCCUGAAGCAUACGCACGUCUAGCCCGCAAUGGAGAAGCCGAGGUUUGGCUCGGUGGCUUGAACCAUAACGACCUGCCGUUGCCGGAACUGGCGGUCGACGUGAAGAAGAUGAUCGACCCGGAAGCAAUCAAAGAUCUUCGCAAGACCACGGUGCAGCUCGUAGGAUUGGCCAAGAAAGGCGCUGAUUUGAACCAAGAUGACCUCGAGACUAUUCGGGAAUCACUUUGCUUCCGGCCGGUGAGCUCGACCGGAAAGCCAAUCCUAGGAAAAGUGCCCGAGAAGUAUCUCGGCGGUGUCCAUACUGGCAACGGCGGGGUCUGGAUUGCAUCAGGCCAUGGCCCGUGGGGAAUCAGCUUAUCCUUGGGGACUGGUUUGGUUAUGACUGAGAUGUUACUGGGAAAGAAGACCAGUGCUGAUGUUGGACCGUUCCAGGUCCCUUACCUUAGCGCAAAGUUGUAG